CUUGUGGGGGAGGCAGGUGUGAGGUGGAGGUCUCCAGGUCUCGUGUGUCGUGAUAAACAGAUGCUCCGUUCCAACUAACUCAUUGCGUUCACCAUUAUCAACCUACAAAUGAUGCUGAAAAAUUAUAUGAAAAGAACAAUCUCUUUAUUUCCUGUCGCGUUACGCUGAAGUACUCGAAAAGUGAUUAUUACUGUAGUUGACGAGGUGAGGUUCAUACAUUUCACCAGUCAAGGAUCAUCAUGGUGAGCGUGGUGGGUAGCCUGCUGUCACACACGCUGUGGCGGGUGGUGGGCGGUGAUCCACACCAUCCAGGAGGACGGCAACUUGCCGCCAGCCACACCACUUUCCCCCGUUCCUGUGACAAUAACGUGAGCAGCCACACCGAGGGAAAGACAUCACGCUGUGUGUCUGACGGUGGAUGUGACACACAAUAUGGGCAUGGGGCGAUUGAAGACAACCAAAGCCGAGAAUACCGUCGUGUCUCUCCUGACAGUCAUGUGGAGACAAGUGACUUCAGCAAUGGGUGGGUAGUGCUCGACACGCCCUCCUCUUCGGCACUGAUCUCACCUAAACUACCCUCAUCAUUCUCAAAGUCGGCAUCAUGGAGUGCCAAGACUUGUACAGUUAGUUUUCCUGUAGGUUCUUCGUCUGAAGCACCACCAAUCGCCCUUGACUGGUGGGAAAGCUGCCUAGCGCCACUGAAUUCCAAUCCCAUUCCUGGUCGAACCUGUGUAGAACCACCUCUCGCGUCCAUCUGUGCCUCCACUUGUCAGGGCAGUACCUAUCCUGGGCAAGUUCAGCACUACACCAGUCUGGAGGCACCCAGUGAACCUAACCAUCCUGAGACUAACCAGUUGAUGACUUUCCCGAAGUUAGGUGACGAGUUGACCAAGCCAGUGGUUGGUAAGUUACGCACAAGUCUUCAAGUGGACCAGGAACUGACCUCUCGGGAUAAACUGGAGUUAAGUUGUCAACAAAUAGGCCAAAAAUUUUCAAGCCAUCAGUUGAACCAGAUGAUUAACACCAACUUGGUUCAGGAUGAAGUCUCAUCGAAUAUCGAGGAGAUAAAUAGCCCAGAUAUACAUGGGGUGGUGUGUCCUGACUUACCGAGAAGAGUUCCUGGCAGGUCCCGCAGGUCGUUGAAGAGGUCGAAGGAGAUAGCGACUCUUGGCAGCUCGGAUAGCAGCACUGGCAGAUGGCGGUGGCAACGUCAGUGUGUUCGCCGCUCCCGAUCCGAGGACACCUCGUCUGUACUGCUUCAUCGUGGUGUGGUCUCUCACGCUGAGGACACUAUGAACUCCUCCACACUGUCUAACUCUCCUGACGUCAUUGCUACAGCUCCGCCCUUAACCCCUGAUGACAGUCCAGAAUCCCUCGUUGACUGUGUUAGUGCUAGUUCGGAGGGUGGGCGCUUGAGACAUAGUGUGGGUUGCAGAGAAGAUAUCCGAGACUUUGAUAUAUACAAGAUUACUCAGCCUGUUGGGCAGGGACAGUACUCGCGCCUGCCAUCCCUCGCUACGCAGUCUGACUCUGACACUGACGAAGGAGCGGGUGUACACGAAGGCCUCAGAAAAAGGAAACGAAGGAACCCCGAGGCGCGAGACGCUGGGGAAAGAAAAAGAUACAGAGAAGAGGAAGAUGAGGAAGAUGCGAUGAUGGCGUUGGAAGCCACCACACUACUUCUUCCUUCUCCAUUACAACUUCAAGAGAGGUUAAACGCGACAGCGACAAAACCAACCGACACCGUUCCACGGUCCUCCUCCUCCUCCUCCAGAAGUGGGAAUACCCCCCUUCCCUCCCCCAUCACCACCACCAUUACUCCCUCCACCUCACCUGGGAAAGAUAAGGAGGAGGAGGACCUGGUUAGUGACGACACGAUGAGUGACGAAGAUGACGAUGACGAAGCGUCUACGGUCGUCCCUGAGGACUUUGGCAACGAGACGGACUCCGAUAUCGAGGUCUUGAUCCAGUCUGCAGAGUCGUGGGUGGACCUGUCCAACCAGCCGGGUAGUCCUGAUCGGGUGACACCACUGCCCUUUGGGAAUGGCGAGGAGUACUUACGGCUGUUACGGGAGGCCCAGCGCGAGAGCAACCAGUCAUCAGCACGAGUAUCUCUCGCUUCUUCUCGUCGUGACACUCCUAGGGACUCCCCACAUGACUCGCCAAAGUCCCCACCAAACAGCCCCAACACUGAGAUGGCUACUGACCCAGAGGAGGCUGUAUUAAAAGGCGUGUACAUUAAUUACUAUAAUAAGGAGGGAGAUUUCAUACGGGUAGAGAAGAACACAGAGACAGAUUGGAUCUGGGACUGGAGUAGUCGACCAGACCAGACUCCCCCAAAGGAAUGGCGGUUUAGUCAUCCUCGCAAGGGUGUGAGCCGUGGUGCUAGUAUCCGCCAUGUGAUGGUGGGUAAUUCCUCUCUCUUCUCCCGGGAUGUCCUCUACACCCUCCUUAUCACCAAUGUUUUAUCUCUCCUUCUUGGCACUGGCAUUGGGAUAUGGUUAUCAAAACGAUCUGGUGGCGAUGUGACAACUUUACCUAUUAACUGAUUACUGGUGGUAUCCACCAGUGACUCGUCUUGUCGGAAGCUCUGUGGGAACCAUUGGAAUUUGUUCAGUUUGUACCCAAUAUUAUGUAUCAUCUAUUUUGAGAGGCUAUCAACAUUAUGUAAUAUCUUCAUUUAUGAAUUAUUUUCUGUAUCCUAUUUUUCAUAUACAUGUUGAGUUAGAAAGACUUUAGGGUUUAUUGAACUUUUGUAAGGACAUAUCUUAAAUAUUUUAUAAAAGUGCCCAGGAACAAUACUUUGGUUUACUCCCAAAAAAAACCCGACUUCACUUGACGAGUGCACUUGUAGGUUAGAAACUCGGUGUCAGAUAGUGGCAGG